AUGGAACGUGUGUGGAAUUAUGGGAAUAGGGCAUUUGACAGAGCGCUCCCGAGAUACCUGACGGAUUCGCUUAUUGUUAAUGGCAAAGCCCGAUGCGAUUCUUGGUCAUAUGGUUUUCGGACGUGCUCAAGAAGGUGGUUGAAUGUGCCGGCAAAGGAUAGACUAUUAUAUAUUACGACACCAAUAUUCUAUGUGAAUGAUAAACCCCAUAUAGGACAUUUGCAUUCAGCUCUUGUAGCUGAUUGUUUGAAGCGGUUUUUUGAACUACGCGGACAUAGAAUUCAACAAGCUGCCGUAAAAGCAAAGAAGCCUAUGCAAGUAUUUUGUGACGAAGCAUCACAAAGAUUUCGGGAUUUGUUUGAUGCGGCGAAUAUCCAGUAUACAACCUUUAUUCGUACGACUGAGAAGAGACACGAAAAAGCUGUUUGUUUCUUCUGGGUGAUUAUAACUCUUGAUAGACACUAUGUAAUGGAUGGCAUCCAUGAGGGUUGGUAUUCCAUUUCAGAUGAGGCUUUUUACACGGAAUCAGAAGUAUCCAAUGUAACAGAUAGCAAGUCGGGUGAAAGCUACAAGAUUGCGUCGGAAACAGGUAAAAGAGUAGAAUGGACCCAGGAAGAGAAUUACAAGUUUCGAUUGUCUGAAUUUCAGGAGAGACUAUUGCAUUGGUUAGCCACAGAAUCAAACGCUGUUGUGCCAAGCAAUCGAUAUAAUGAGGUUAAAUCAUGGAUUCAAACCGGCUUGUCAGAUUUGUCAGUGUCUCGAUCAAGAUCUCGAUUAAAUUGGGGUAUCCGCGUGCCGGAUGACCCUGAACAGACAAUAUAUGUAUGGCUAGAUGCAUUAAUCAAUUAUCUUACGGUUACGGGAUAUCCAUGGCCUGAUAACUCUGUGUCUGCUGCCGAUCAUGGAUGGCCACCACACGUCCAUAUCAUUGGAAAAGACAUAUCUAGGUUUCAUGCUGUCUAUUGGCCUGCUUUUCUGAUGGCAGCGAAUUUACCACUUCCGAGACAAGUAUUUGCUCAUUCUCAUUGGACAAUGAAGAAGAUGAAAAUGUCCAAGAGUUUAGGAAACGUAAUCGAUCCGUUGCAGGCUAUGGAUAAAUAUGGUGUUGAUGCUAUUCGAUAUUACUUGAUGCGCGAUGGAGGCAUUGCUGACGAUAGCGGAAAACUGAUUUUUAUUCCAACAGAUUAUUCCGAGCAAAAUAUCCAAUUCCGCUAUAAAAAAGACCUGGUUGGACAGUUGGGCAAUUUAGUAUCACGAAGUGCUUCAAACACGCUCAAUCCGAAAUUAUUAAUACCGCAAAAUCCGAAUAAUAACAGCUCUAAUUCCGAUGAUCUUGCUCUACGGGAUAAAUUACAAAGUUUACCUGAUAUCGUAGCAGAGCAUUAUCAAAAACUCAACUUAAACAAAGGACUAGCUGCAAUAUUCGAUACUCUUGCCGAGGCAAAUCGACACUUUACCAUAUACGAACCGUGGAGACUUGUUAAUGAUCCAUCGCAACAGGACAGGCUAAACACUUCGCUAUUCUACGCAGCAGAAUCUGCGCGCAUAGCCGGAAUACUCUUACAACCAGUAAUGCCAACGAAAAUGUCGCGGCUACUGUCUAAACUCGGCGUAAAACCAAACGAGCGUACGUGGGAGCAUGCCAAGUUUGCUCAUGGAUGGCCAGCCGAUGUUAAUACUCCUCGAAUGUUUAGCAAAGAGUCUAGCGUGAUCUUUCCCAAAUUCUAA